GACAUUAGUGAGCAGCUACUCGGCAGGAAGACCGCCGCUGCUGCUGUCACUGGGAGGACUGGGAACACUGGAGCUCUGUGGUUUUUCUCCUCGGUGGUUUUUCUCCCAUUCCGGUCUCGGUCUGAGGAUUGUUCUGGUUCCUGGUCUGGGUGGUUCGGUGGCUUAUGUCGGCCCCGGAGAGCCAAGCAGCUCGGAGACUUCGUGUCGCCUGAUUCCGUCAGAGGAGAUCCGACACCGAGCACCGAGCCGAGAUUUAUCCGCCCCGAGGAGCGUCUAAACGGGGGACGAGUGGAGGAUUUACCCCGGGAUUUAACGGAGCCUGGAGCCGCGCUAACGGUGCAUUUUUACUGGUGGGAAACAGGUGGCCCUGGAUCCCCAUGUGGCCCCCUUCUUGGCUCAAUGUGGCCUUCUAGUCUUAAUGCUUGAGCCAACCCACUGAGCCGUGAGGACAAACCGCGCCAAGGAGCCGAGGAGGAGGAGGAGUAGGAAGGACCCCGGUGGAUUAUAAGGAGGAUUUGGGGGAUCUUUCAUUAAAGGGAUUACCUGUCAGAGUGGGUGGAGCUUCCAUCAUAGGGAUUACCUGUCAUAGUGAGCGGUGCAUGCUUGCCGUGGUCGUUCUCUCUUUGAGCUUCGUGUUGUUUCAGGGGCGGAGCUGAAGAAUGAAGCAUAAACUGAAUGCACUCAGACCCUGGGGCCCCGCCCUCCCCAGGACUACUUCCCUGCUGCUGGGCUUUCUGCUGGCAGCGGCGGGGCUCCUCCCCCCUGCGGCGGCAGUGUUAAGUGAAGAGGCAGAGCUGGAGGUGAUGGGGGGUAUGGAGUUACUGGAAGCAGGGGAGGGGGAGGGCGUGGCCAGGGAGCUAGAGGCGUCAAUGACAUCAUCGCUGCUGCAGGAUUUCCAGGAAGUGACCGAGGGGCUGCGGGCCAUGGAGGCUAUCACCGUGGAAACCAUGGAGAGGGUGGUGUCUCAGCAAAACACUGCGCCCACCGCCUUCCCUGACUCAUCGGCGGUGGUGGGGCGGGUCUUUAAGAUGAAGGUGCCCAACAAGAAGGAGGAUGUUUACCUAGGUGACAUCAUCAAGAUCACAGAGGCGGGCCAGGACUCGCUCCCAUCCUGGCUGCACUGGGACGCUUCCAGCAGGAUCCUUCAGGGUUUACCAUUAGAGGAGGACAAAGGCGUCCAUUACAUCUCCGUCUCCAUUUCCAACCAGUCCAAACCCUCCACAUCCUCCUCAGACAUGUUUUCCAUCGAGGUUCACCCCGAGGACCAUUCAGACGCAGAGUCAGCCCAGCUGGCGUCAAACCAAGCUUCGGCAGACGAUGACAUCCAGCCGUUCAUGUGUGGCGAGGAGGAGCCGGUCACUGUGCUAACAGUGAUCCUGGACGCUGACCUGACCAAGAUGAGCUCUGAGCAGAGGGUGGAGCUGCUCGCCAACAUGAGGAGCUUCUCUGGGGUGGAGUUGGAACACAUGAGGAUCCUUCCUGUGGUUAACAACAGGCUCUUUGACAUGUCGGCGUUCAUGGCCGGCCCGGGGAAUGCCAAAAAGGUCGUGGAGAAUGGCGCCCUCUUGUCCUGGAAGCUGGGCUGCUCGUUGGACCAGAGCACAGUCCCAAACAUCAACAGUGUCCAGGGUCCUGCGAAAGAGGGCACCAUGUCCGCCAAGCUAGGCUUCCCUGUGGUGGGCUGGCACAUCGCCAACAAGAAGCCCCAUGUCCCAAAGAGGGUCAGACGACAGCUGAACAACACGCCGACCCCCGUCCUGGCAGUUCUUCCCCCUACCACGGUGGUGGAGCCUCCUGUCAGGAUAGUCCCUACCCUCUCUUCACCAUCCAUUGCUGCUCCAACAGAAAGCUCUGCUCCCCCAGUUAGAGGCCCGGUCCCCUUGCCAGGGAAACCCACCAUCAAAGUCCGGGACCCAAUCGCUCAUACUCCAACCCUGGGACCCCCUCAGCCAACAAGGGUCAUGGAGACCACUAGCACCAUCCCCAUCCAGCCAACCAUGACCAGGCCCACCUAUGUAGAGGCUACAGCCACGCCCCCUACACCAACAAGAAAACCUACCAGGAAACCCAAGAGACCAAAAACCACACCAGUCCCCAAAGAGCCAAAGACAUCAACAGCUAAGCCUCCCAGACGCACCACUCCAUCGCCUGGAGUGGUCCCUGAUCCCUCCAACAAUAAGCCCACUCUACGGAACCCCAUCGACCAGGUCAACGCUCUGGUGGGCACCUACUUUGAGGUCAAGAUCCCGUCUGAUACAUUCUUUGAUACAGAGGAUGGAACCACAGAUAAGCUGCGUCUGACUCUGAGGCAGAACCACAAUGAGGUGGUGGGGGAGGGUUCCUGGAUCCAGUUCAACACCACCAGCCAGCUCCUGUACGGUCUGCCUGAUGUCCAACAUGUGGGCAAACACGAGUACUUCAUGCAGGCGGCCGACAAAGGUGGUCUGACUGCAAUCGAUGCUUUUGAGGUCCGUGUGAACCGUUGGCCCCUCAACGACAAGACCCCCGCCAUCUUCACGGCUCGCUUUGAUGGAGAUCCACGUUCAGUUACAAACGACAUUCACAAGAAGAUCCUUCUGGUCAAGAAGCUGGCGUAUGCUCUCGGGGACAGGAACAGCAGCACAGUCAGCCUGAGGAACAUCAGCAAAGGGUCUAUUGUGGUGGAGUGGACCAACACCAGCCUCCCCACUCAUCCGUGUCCCAAAGAACAGCUCCAGGUCAUGAGCAGAACUCUUGCCAGUGCUGAUGGGAAACCCUCGCAGACCUUCAUGCACUCCAUGGAGCCAGAGUUCAGACCGCUGGACGUCAGCGUGAAAGGGCGGGCAAGUUGCAGGACCUACUCCUUCAUCCCGCCAGGAGAAAUUGACAUCCCUGAACCUCCAGCUGUCACGCCGGCUCUGGGGACGGGCCGGCAGAGCACUGAUGACGUUUACCUGCACACGGUCAUCCCUGCGGUGGUUGUGGCGGCCAUCUUGCUCAUAGCGGGGAUCAUUGCAAUGAUCUGUUACAGGAAGAAGAGAAAGGGCAAGCUGACCAUCGAGGACCAGGCCACCUUCAUCAAAAAGGGCGUGCCUAUCAUCUUUGCAGAUGAGCUGGACGAUUCUAAGCCGCCUCCGUCUUCCAGUAUGCCCCUGAUCCUCCAGGAGGAGAAACCCCCACUCCCGCCCCCCGAGUACCCUAACAUGGCCACACCAGAGACCACACCCCUCAACCAGGAGCUGCUGGGGGAGUACACCGCCCUACGGGACGAGGACCCCAACGCACCGCCCUACCAGCCACCACCGCCCUUCACCACCUCCAUGGAGGGCAAAGGUUCCCGUCCCAAGAACAUGACCCCCUACAGAUCCCCGCCCCCCUACGUGCCCCCUUAAGACUAGUGUGACCCUCCUCUGUUGGUGGAGGGGUCAGAGCCUGAGGAACUGUGACAGUUUCCCUCUGGUGGUUGUCGGUGCGGACUUUAACGGGGGUGAGAUGACACGGUGCUACAGUACAACACGCUACACGGGACUCUGAACGGGGAGGGGACGGGGAUUACAGUGGACAUGGGGAUGAUUGGUUCAAACAGCUGGGAGGGACUAGCCCAGCUACUAAAGUGGCCUAAGACAAACAAGCUGUCGUCUCAUUGGCUGUCAGGACACAACGUGAUCUGAGACGAAGUGAGGGAGACGAGCUCUCCUUUCCAGCAUUUCACUUAAUCUUCUGUUGGUUUUAAUUCUGGAUUUUAUUUCAUUUUUCAUUGUUAUCCCCAUGUUUGAUGUCUCUGUUUGGAUUGAAUGGUUAGUCUAAAAACUCAUCUGUUGUCUUUUAAUCAAACUUGGGUUAGCCCUAAACCUAGAACGGGAACUACAAUCAGAGUCUGCAGGAUCUACGGCAGUCCAUCAGACAUCUGUAGGCUCAACGAUCCAACAAUAACAAUUUAAAUCUCUAAAUAUUAAAGUGAAACAAUCAGAUGUCUUUAGGAUCAACGACCACAUUGAUAAUGGCUUAAACGUCUAAAUAUUAAAGUGAAACCACAUCUGACAGCAGAAUGAGAACCAGCAUGUUGGAGUGUUGAGAUUGAAUCCAGUUUGCCUUUUAACACUAGUUUCUCACCUUUUUCAUGAUGUCUAGUAAAGAUGAGAAUAACAUGGUAGCCUAAAAUGACUUAGAGAUGAGUAAUCAAUAAUUUGUUUUUGUUUUAUUGGUUUUUAUUUCACUGUAUAUCUUGAACAUGUCUGAAAGAUUUUGUUAUAUUUUUUUGGUGGAGGAAGAAAGCAGGAAGUAAGGACCGCCUCUCUGAAAUAACCCAUACCUGCUCUUUAUGACUGUUUAAAACCAGCCAAUCAGAAACUACAUUCAAACAGCGGCCAUGUUCAUGUUCAGGAAGCACAAAGUGUCAUAACAUCAGUGUCUGAGUUCUAAACCACAUCCUUUAUGCUGUUUAUACUUGUAGUCCAUCUAGAUUUGAAUUCUAGUUUGUUAGAAACCCACAGAUGCUGACCUGAAUCCUCAUAAUCAAUGGUGUCAAAAACUACCAAAGCUUUAUAAGAACUACAAAGCACUAGUAUCUUUUUUAUCUAAGGGACAGAAAACACUGAAUCACACAAAAAUGUUGGGAAAAGCUCCAGAGUUUCUAGAAACAUCUUGUCAUGAAACCAUAAAAGCAGGGUGUUUAAGUGAACUGGGUAAUUAGGAAUAAAGCUUAAGGCACCAUCAGUAACAACAACAGACCACCAGUCCAUUUAGUACACAGUCAUACCCAGUAUAUCCAGUGUGUUUGUAGAACAUGGUUUUGGACAAAGCCAGUGUUUAUCUGCUGAGGGAAUAAACAUGGUGAGACUCUAGAGAGGUGUUUGGUCAGAGUCUAAUAGGUCGUUUCCACCAAGCGGUCUGGCUCAGUUCGGUGCUGAACAGCAAACUUUGUUUUUUUUUGCAUUUCCAUUGAGCAAAGUUGGAAAAGGUCCCAAAAAACCGACUCGUACUGUCCCACUUUCGGCAUCCUUCUGUAGGGGUACCAAUCUUACCUAUCCGUACCAAAAAGGUGGAGCUACACACACAACAAUAAGGGGUUGUACUGAUGUCACGUCAGCACACGACUCAGCCACUCAGCUGCUCAACUCCGGGCUGCAAAACACUGCUCUGUGAGGAGCGGCGAAAACCGGAGAAAAACUGACUGGUAUCUCCUUAAAUUGGAGAUAUUUGGACUCAACAGAGAUCCAAACUGUUUCCUAGUCUGUGGAUAUUGGUAUCCGGCCUCAAAUCAAGUUUUCUGCCGUUUAUCUGGACCUGGUUUUAAGAACACAAAGCAGAGCCCGAAGGUUCACAUCAGCCUGAUCCAUCCGCGAUGGAUGUGAAACUAAAUUAAUGCUGAAGUUUUGUGAAUAUGAAGCCUUAGAACAGUUCAUUCUCUUUUGUAACUAGUUAUCCAUCCACUUCUUAUGUUAGGUAACCUGUGAAAACAUCGCUCUGUGGUUGUUGAACGUACUCAUAAAACUUCAGGCUACAGCCUAUUUUGAAACGGAAUCAGCACACCCCGGAUUUCUGACUUAUUAGUUUGAUUUUAACACCAGCUGAACUUUUGCCUUAUAUCUAAUAUGGUGAAUUCUCACAGUACAGCUCUGAACUUUCUUAUUUUGUCAUAUAAACAGUUGUAGACUAAAUGUAUUAACAUACUAAUGUAAUGUUACGACUCUAAACGUUACUGUACACGUAUUCCAUCAGCUGAUGAUCUGUGCUGACAGCGGUAAACAUCAUUAAGAUGUAGUUAUUUUUUAAAGCACUUUCAGCUGAAAUAAAGCUGUUUAAUGCUCAUUCCCUACUGAUUUAUGUCACUCAUCCUUUCUAUAACUCUGCGGCUGGACCAGCAGACUCGCGCUGCAUGGGACUUCACAUUCAUGCCUUCACAGCCCGCCCACCAAGUGAGACACCCAUGUCUGUGGAAACACUAACUAUUUGGGGGUUUAGCGUACCAAACCAUACCAAACCAUACUGAAUCAAACCGGACCCCCCUGAUGGAAACACAGCUUAAGUGUACCUAGGGUCUCUGGUGAUCCCUCAGAGAUCCUGACAUAACAGGACUCAUUCUAAGGUAAAUUGUCGUUUAUAUCCUGAUGAUUUACUGACAGCUCCUCCAUCUUCACAUCCACCCAUAAAAACAGGAUAAAGAGUCUGUGGGGUUAUUUUGGAGCUGGAUAAUUAUUUUUAUAUGUUGUGGGGCGGUCCUUCUUCUCACUCUGAGGACAAACUUUGCGUGCCAUGACUGUCCAUGAUGGGACUGCACAGAUGUGUAUUUACAUGUUGGAGGAGACGGCGUUAUUGAGACCGAGGCAGAAAGACAAAACAACCCUCCGUUUUCAGAAAAUCUCUCUCUGAAAAAGCUCAAUGAAAAUCUGCUUCUAAUUUUUUUAUAAAGUUUUUGAUACAGCCUCCAAGGGUUCGAUUACUAGGAGAGAAAAGUGCUGAGUUAGCCUUCAGUGAUUUCUAAAACCUUAGUCUAGAGUUUGAAUUCAGUUAUGUACUCUUUGUUUUCUUGUUUUUGUCAUGGGUCACAUAUUUGAAACCUUUUAUUUUAUCUCGUGUGUUUGCAUAUCAGAUGUAUCUCCCACUAUACAAAGAUGAAUGACUGACCUUUAUGUACUCACUGAGUUGAACUGAUUUCUUUGUCUUUCUGUUUGCUAAUGAGUUCCACUCAAAGUGACCCUUUGCAAUAAUACCGUAAGGCACAGUCCACUGGCCGAGUGCUCAGUGACUCUUAUUGUCAUAAUAAUGUUGGUUUUUUGCAGGAUGCCAAGGCUUUUUUGCUUUUCGAGUGAGCAUUGUCAUAAUAAAACCAACUGGUACGAUUUGAACCAA